AUGAAUGUGCACGUCACACUAGAUCGAAUGCAUAUUGUACACCUUACUAUGCAACGAAUCACACAUUCAAAACAAAAUGACACCUCCAGCUCAUUGCCAUAUUUCCAACCUCAUCUACAAGCGGAACGCACAUCAAACAGCUUGAUGGAAGUCCCCGAGCCUCCCGACACAGUCGCGAACUGCCGCUCUUCUAGAUACAUCGACCAUUCCAGCCAUCCCAGUCGUUCCGUUCCUGUGAUCGGAGUUGGUGAGGGGGUCUUCCAACUUGCUAACUCUGGCAAGUAUAAACACUAUACCGCUUCUUCGUAUUAUGUAUUCGGACCCGUUUCCAGCGAUACCGCGUAUCCUCAACUCAACCCCGGUGGAACCCGCCCGGUGAAUUCAACCAGGAAGUAUCUGGAACCGGAAUGCAUUGCUAAAGUUUCCAUGGGAGCCCCGAAUCCGCUCGACACAGUCGCGCCCUUUGAGCAAACGACUGUCAGUACGUACGCCAAUUCACCAACGCUACAUGCGUACUACCAGAACGUUGGUGGUAUCAACACCCGCCUCAAUGAGUAUCGUCUCGCGUGCUCAGAUGGUUGCUACGACAUCAUUGCUCUGACGGAAACUUGGCUCGACGACCGCACUUUCUCUAAUCAAGUUUGUGGAGAUAACUAUGAAGUCUUCCGCACGGACCGAGAUGAAUUUAACAACACAAAGUCAUCCGGGGGUGGUGUUCUUGUAGCUGUCCACCGACGACUGAAAGCUCAGCUAAUUAAAGAAUCCGGAUGGUCCUGCGUCGAACAAGUGUGGGUUUCUAUAAAACUGGAAGGUAGGAAGAUGUAUCUCUGCACAAUUUAUAUCCCUCCUGAUCGUACUCGAGAUGUCACAUUAAUCGAUGCGCAUGUACAAUCGGUGUCGACAAUAGCUUCACGUGCGCUUCCUGCUGAUGAAAUUGUUGUAUUUGGCGAUUUCAAUCUCCCAAAUUUAAAGUGGCAAUUUGGUUCUGGAUAUUUCUUGUACGCUGAUCCUGCCCAUUCAACCUUCCAUGCUGGAACGAAUGCUUUACUCGACGGUUAUAGCUAUAAUUUGCUUCAACAAAUCAAUUCCAUUAGAAAUGAAAAUGACCGUAUGCUCGAUCUCUGCUUUUUGAGCAAACCUGAUGAAGCUCCGAUGUUAUCAGUGGCACCUGCGCCCUUAGUGAAAUCAGCGCCUCACCACCCUCCACUUCAUUUCACUAUGAAUAUCAGUUUGAAUAGCUUCAGCAUCGUUCCUACCGCCGUCCACUAUGAUUUUAAAAGUGCUGACUUUAAUAGCAUAAUUGGAGUGCUUUUAGACAUUGAUUGGUAUGAAAUCUUGGACAAGGACGACGUCGAUGCUGCUGUCCAAACCUACACGAACAUUGUGAGCUAUCUGAUCGACAGACAUGUUCCGAAGAAGUUUAUACGAUCAUCCACUCAUCAACCCUGGCAGACUACCGACCUUCGUCGACUCAAAACCGCUAAGAAGGCUGCACUUAGAAAAUAUUCGAAAUACCGUCUCCAAUCCUUGAAACAACGAUACCUACAACUGAACCAUCAGUACAAAAAAUCAAGCAAACGAUGCUAUUCAAUCUAUCUAUGUCGUAUUCAGCGCAAAUUCAAGAGUAAUCCUAAAUCUUUCUGGAAAUACGUCGAUGAGCAACGUAAGGAGUCUGGAUUACCGUCUUCUAUGUUUCACGAUGGACAUGAAGUGUCUGACACACGGGAAAUUUGUAGCUUCUUCUCUGCUAAGUUUUCCAGCACUUUCUCGAAAGAGAAUCUGUCCCUAGACCAGCUCUUGAGGGCCACAAGAAACGUUCCAAUACAGAACAGUUCGUUGUUCCGAAUCACCGUGGAUAAUGCAAUGUUGGAAUCGGGCAUCAGCAAAUGA